AUGUCAAUUUGUGGGGUGCAGUCUGGUGGAAUGGAAAAACGUUUGCAAGCUUCUCAUCUUGGUCCACAUGUGCAUAAGUGUCGUCGUUAUGCUGUAGCUCAAGACAGAUUAAGGUCACACUGGGCAAAACCGGCUCGUCAAUGGUUUGAAGAUUGUGGGCUUCGAUUAUUAGACUGGCCGCCUCAUUCGCCUGAAUUUAAUGCCAUUGAAUACGUGUGGCACUGA